AUUGAGAAGAAGAGAAGUGUGGAAAGGCGCAGGAGGACGUGCUGUGAGUAAUGUCUGAAUCACAGUUUCUCAAACACGCUGCGGGAGAGGGCUGGACGGCAUCUUCUCGGACACGUGGAAGAGGAAAUAACCUGUAGAUUUCCCCUGUGAGCAAAAACACCAGCGUUCAGGUCUUUUUUCAGCGUUCAGCUGUCCGAGACACUUCAUGGAGCUGACAGCUCAGAGUCACGGAGCGGUGUGAGGGCAACUGUGACUGAGCGAGCUCGAGGGACGGAGCGGAAAGAUGCAGGAAGACCCUGUGUACGAUUAUCCAGACCCCCAGCCAGUGGGGGAGAGGCGGGCAUGUCCUCAGAGAGGCUCUCUGAAGAGCAUCAGUGUGCUGGAUCGCCUGCUGCUUACAUACCCUGUGUGGCUCCAGCUGUCCAUCAACUCAGCCACAGCCCUUCACAUCCUGCAGCGCGAGCCCCCCGGGAGCUUCCUGGUGCGAAAGUCCAGCACAUCACAGAAGAAAAUGCUGUGUGUCAGGCUGGCAGAUGACAGCAUGCCGUCUUUUGUCAAGCAGUUUGUCAUCCGAGAGAAGGACUCAACCUUCUCCUUGGAGAGCUCAGCUAUCAGUUUUCCAGAUCUCUGCCGACUCAUUGCCUUCUAUUGUGUUAGCCGGGAUGUUCUUCCCUUUACGCUGGAGUUACCAGAAGCCAUAGCCAAGGCUUCAUCCCACAAGCAGCUUGAAUCCAUCUCUCAUAUGGGUGUGGAGUUCUGGAGUUCGCAGUUGAAUUUCCGUGGUCCUCGUAAUGGUCCUCCACCAGUGCCUGAUGCACCCAUAAAUCCAGAUCCUACUCCAAAUCCCACCCCAAAAGAAUGCACCUCGUCUACAAGCACAAGCUUGACCUUGUUCCAGGAGUUCUGCCCGAUUCAAACACGAAGUCCCUCUGAGCUUGAUCUGGGGGCAGGCCAGGGGGCUUUGUGCUUUAUAAAUCCACUUUUUCUGCAAGAGCACCCUGUCCGCGGCGCCAUGCAUAAACGGCAUCACUUCAAACGUAGCUUUAAGGUUCGUGUCUCCACUGAAAACUCAAGCUCACUCUCACCACCUGUCUCCCCACCACCACCUCCACCACUGCUUGCAAAAGCCAAGAGUAAAGGAAUGUCUGUGCCGCAGGCUGAAGCAAUCCACACCAGUGAGAAAGCUGAAGAGAAAACAGAACCUGACGAGGCAGAUUCAGACUAUCUGCAGCCUUGUCCUGCCCUGCUGAAGAAGGGCUCUGCUAUGGUCAUCCCCACUCUCUCUCCUACUGUAGAGGAGGAUGACUACCAGUUGCCCAAAGCUUUUCUGCAGGCUGGUAAAAAAAUGGAGAAAGAGGAGGAAGAAGAGGAUGUGGCAGUAGGACUGAUCCUGGAACAAAGGUCUGCCCCGUCCCUCAGUGAGCUGGACAGCAGCAGCUCUCUUAGCAGUUUAGAUGAGACAGAAGAGUCUCCUGAACGUCCUUCCCUAACGCGGGGCACCAGUAACCCAAUCAUCCCCUCACCUCGUCCUCCCCGCCAGUCGGUUUCUGCACUGCGCAAGAUGAGCGCAGCCUUUGUGUCCUUUUUUGUGCCAGGAAAGCGAGUCGCAAGGCUAGUGGAGGAUCUUUCUCGUGACAGGUGUACAGCGUUUGGAACCCUUGUUCAGGACUUCUUGAGGGAGCAGAGGGAGGCGCUGAAACCGCAGUCUUUGACAUCUGCUGUGGAUCUGCUGCAGGUUGUGCGUCUCUUUAUCAACCAAGCUAAGGCCUUUCUCCUGGAGUGUGGAGAACUUGAGCCCCCGAUUGAGACCCUAGUACCUGAAGAUGAGAAAGAUCAGACACUGGAAAAAGCCAUGUUCCGCUGUGUACUAAAGCCUCUGAAAGCACAGAUUUAUGCAGCACUCCACACCUUGCAUGAGCGCGACGGCACCUCUAAGAGGAUGGCUGAGAGUAUGCGGAGAGCCAGAGAGAAGUCACCCUGUGACCUUUUCGGUGUGCAAGUGGCUGUUCCGGAUGUCCAGGGCAUAGAGAAGAUAAAGCGGAAACUGUCUCUCAUGAAAUGUGCAUAUUCACCCAUUGACAAAGUACAUUUGCUCCUGCAGAUCUGUAAGCUCAUCUAUAAAGCCAUGAAAAAUAAUACAGCACAGGAAUUUGGAGCAGAUGACUUCUUGCCAGCUCUUUCCUACGUGAUAGUGCAGUGCAACAUGCCUGAGCUUUUUCUGGAGGUGGAGUACAUGAUGGAGCUGUUAGAAACGCCUUGGCUCACAGGAGAGGGUGGAUACUAUCUGACCAGUGUUUAUGCCAGCCUCAGUCAUAUCCAGAGUGAGCCUGAGACUGUACCGCAGAGUGGACUCACCCAACAGGUCAGGGAAUCACUGAAGGAAUGGAGCCACCGCCGUAGCAGUGAGGCCAAGAAUCAGAAAGACAGAAACUUGCAACAGAGGUUUGUAAAGGUGCUCUUCCAGGAUGGAGAGUGUAGCUUGGUGAAGACACUGCAGUGGAAGGCAGGGGUCAGUGGAGAGGCUUUGUCACAACUUUGCGCUGUCAAGUUUGGAGUGGACCAGCCAGAGGAGUAUGGCCUGUACUGGAGAAGUGAAGGAGAACUGAUGCCACUGCCUUCUGAUGCUCAGUUUCAGGACUUACAGGGAUUGGGCACCAGUAGUGCUCCCUUCAUUUAUCAACACUCCAGUCAGGAUAUGAAGUCCCGCAAGCUCACAAGAGGGGGUGCUUUGGACCUCUCUGCAGAAGCCUCAUAAUGUGGCUUUGUUCACCUGACAGUCCGCACAGUGUGAUCACAUUUAGAUUCAUUUUAAAUGUCUGGUCUUUUGCUCCUUCACUCAGUCUAAUUUAAUGUCUGGUUGGCUCAGUGAACACUGAAAGUGGAAAAUGCUGUUUAGUGAUAAAUUCACAGCCCAGCUUUUACUGCAUUAUUCUUACUUUUAGGGCUGAUAAGAGUAGAUUUGCACAUUACCACAUAAUGUCUUAUCUUCAUGCUUCUAAGUUAUGACAGACUGUAGAUGCUGCUGGGUACUUUGCUGUAAUAAAACUGAGGUAUAAUUGUAACUGAAUAAUGAUAGUAAUGCUUUUCUUAGUUACUCUGUAACUGGUAUAGUGCAACAUUUAUAAUCCUGGGGCUGUAUUCCCAGAUCUGAUCUGUAUAGUCACUAUAACUUUAGUUAGGAAAUAGUAUUACAGAAGCAUCCCAACUUGCCAAGUUCCUAAAUGCUGUCCUAAUUUUAGGACAAACCCUGAGUGUCCUAACUUCUGUUUUUGGCUAUGAAGCAUAAUUGAAAUUGAAACUGGGAAUGGGUAAUGCCCCAUUUAACAGGCACCACAAUAUUUGUAACUUUUUUGACAAGUUAAUUGCACUUUGAGUUUGUUUUUCCAUCAGCAGCUGUCUAGUUUACUAUAACUUUCUUUACAUUUAGGUGUUUUCAUCUCAGCUCUGUGCAUCUAGUUGGUUGCUUUCACAGAAAAGACAAAUCAAAGAGAUCCUAAUAUAUACUUCCUACUAGACACCAAUGAGAUCAGAGCAAAAGACAAUGGAGAAUUAUGUCCCAGUCUUCUGAGGCUCAGAUAUUUCUCCUGAGAAAAAUACCUUGGUAAUCUUACAUUUGUCCUCUUGAGUUUUAGUAGCAAUCUCAAUAAAGUCACUCUUUUUUGCCAAGAUAAAAACAUUCAUGUUUAUCUACAACUGAACUAAAGACAGGAAUUCAACAAUUUAGCAUCCAAGACUAAGAGCCUUCGCACAAAGUAAAAUAAUUUCAUUUUAACUGAAAAUGUAAGUAACCUGCUGCCUUCACUGAACUUCAAAUAACAAAAUAACAUAUGACAGACUUUUGUUAUGUUAACAUAUUGUUAGUAAUAUAAGAAGUUCAAUACACUCAGAAUUUUAAGGCCAUGGUAACGUUUUUAAUUUAAAACAACACUUUUAAAUGUAUGAGUAAGUAUUAUAAUUUGUAUCUGGGCCAGAAGUCCAGUAUCUCAUGUCUCCUUUCAGUCUAAUGCUAUUUCUCCCAAGGAAAUUUAGAAGAGUCACCAUUAAGUCUCCUGAUAAAUAGCUGUAACAGACAUAAUAAAUGAGUUGCAACCUCAAUUUAGUAGUCUAGGAUUUUCUAACCUGAUAUAAAAUACUGCAAGAUAAAAUACAAUUCCCAAGUAAGGAUACUUGCUUCUGUUAUAGAAAUCUGUGAACAGUUUUAGGCUUGUCAGAUAUUAAUUUAUGAGUAAUUAACAAGCCCUUCAAAUGUAUGAGUUAUAGUAAGAAAACACUAAAAUGUGCAAUGCACAUUCCGGUUCUCCGGAACCAGGAUUGAGAACACUAAUAUAAUGUACAGUAUGAUCUGAAUUGUGCUGUUGUGGUGUGAGUGGAUACCUUUAAAAUGUCUGUAAAGUUUUGAGACAGAUUUGGUUGCUGGAAUUAUUUCAAUUUAUCAACUGCUUAUUUAUUUUUUGUUGUAAAUGUCUAUUAUAUUGUUACAUCAAAUUAGGCUUUUGGUCAUUUUAUGGUAAUAAAGUAUGAGAACACUGAAAUCUUGAUGUUCAAUGAACAUACUUCUUUGGAAGUUCUUUUACGAUAAGUGUUGUUACACUUAUGAAAAAUGUAAUACUGUGACUGCUUUUGAGGGAGGAAAAAAAAACAAUAUAAAAAGACUUUGGAAAAUGAGUUUUAUUUGGUAGGAAAUACUCCUGUUGUCUGCAAUCACACAAAGCACACUUCGACAUUACAAGCCUUCAAGGUAAUCAAAGUCCAAUAAACCGAUGGCAACCUGGAGGAUUAUCUUGGGGAUCAUCU